AUGUCGGUGGAGGAGAAGGCCGAGGCUCGAGCGGACGGCGAUGCCGUCGUGGGCGAGAAGAAGAAGCGCGAUUCGGACGACGAGGCCGGAGAUCUCGCGGGAGAGGAUCGGCCCGCGACGGUGAGGGCGAAAGUGGACACGUCGGAGUCUGACGCGGCGCUCGCACGCGCGCUCGGCGGCGUGCCCGACGCGGACGUCGAAGCCUCAGUGGCGCCAAACCUGGGACUGAGCGAGGGAGACCGCCUGGAGGUUCGCUGGGUCAUCACGGACGACGACGACGAGGACACGGUCGUCUGGUGGCCGUGUACCCUACGCGCCAUCGUCCCGUCCGGACCCAGCGCGUCGUGGGAGCUUCACUACGACGCCAACGAGGCGCACGGCUUCGCCGCGGAGGUGAGACCCGCGACAUUCACCAACUCGCGGUGGGUGCACGAUCCCGGCGAGGGUCAGCACCUGCGCUGGCGACGGGAGGGAUCGACGGAGGACGACGUGGACGACGACGAUGACGCGGGCGACGCCGACGACCCGAACAUCGUGUACGCCGCGGAGAUCGACCCCGACGAGGGGGAUCUGUCUCUGGAGGAUCUGGUGAAUCGGCAGCGAGUGGUGGACGCGGAGCGCAACGGCGGCGAGGGCGGGCUGGAGGCGGCUGGGAUGGCCACCUUCGCGUCGCUGCCGAUGGAGCGGCAGCACGCGAUGGCCGGCGCGUUCCUGGACAUGAAGGAGAGGAUCACGUCUCUGAUCAAGGAGCUGCAGGCGAGGCACGGGCCGGGGUACGUCAUCACCAAGGAUGACAUCGACGAGGCGCUGGGACGGAAAUAG